AUGUCCACCCAAUUGGACCACGGUGGCGCCGAUCCCAGCUCCACCUCGACGCCGCCACCAACACCUACUCUAUCGUCGCCUCCCCAUCGCCUUAACUCAAAUCCUGCAGUUCAAUGUCGCCUCCACCAUCGACAUUGUCACCAGCGUCGCCGCAGAUGGAAUCGAGAAGUUCUCUAUCCCGUCGCACCAGCUGGUCAUCGAGCACGAGAAGGACAAGAACCCAUGGGCCACAAACCCAAACGUCGACGCCGAGCUUUUCUCAUGCUUCCUCCGCUGUGA